GGGAGAACUCAUGGCCGAGAUCGACACUAGACCACUAGAUUCCGUGCAGGCGGCCGUGAGCAUCUUCGACCGGGGAGGCGAGCAGAGCAGGCUCGGUCCAGACAGAAAUGAGGAAGAGAUCGCCAUCUUGACCAAGGAGCUCGCGAUCUGCAAGCUGCAGCUGGAGGUCAGAGAGAGCCAGCACAAGCAGGCGACCCUCAAGAUCGAGGCCCUCGAGAAGGCCGUGCGGGAGCUCUCGGACCGGUACGAGAAGGACUGCAUGGACGCGCACAUGCGCAUCGCCCAGCUGGAGGCCGAGAACAUCGCGAUCAUGAGCCGGCAGGCGGAGGCGGACGCCGAGCGCGGGGCCCUGCGGGCCGAGCUGGCCGCCGUGAGGGCCCAGCUCGACGAGGCCAGGGCGUCGGUCGCCUUCGUGCUGCGGGAGGUGGAGGCGAUGGAGACGCGGGCCAUCCUGGAGCGGGAGAGCACCAAGGACGCGCUGGUGCGGAUCCUCCUGCUCAACGAGACGGUGCUGUCGUCUGCGGUUGCGGCCAUCAGGGCCGAGGAGGAGAGGUCGGUGUUCUUCCAGGAGGCGACGCUCCAGUUGGUCAACUCCGACAGGAAUUUGGAGGUGGUGAGGAGGCAGACGGAGAUGAUGGAGAGAAUGGAGGCGGAGUGGCUGGUGAAGACGGUGGAAGUCGAGUAUCUGCGGUCACAACUCCAGCAGAUCAAGGAAAUCUGCUUGUCGCCUGCAGACGUUUCUGAUGCACCACCAACGGCGAUCAGAGCUCCCGGUUACAACAACUUGGAUGAUCGUGAUCAGGUUCAGGCAUGUGACCCAACUGCGAAAGAUAGUGAAGCGCAAGCGGAGUUCACGUUUCAGCACUCCCCAGAGGAAUGCUUUGUUUCUGAAAUCUUCAGAAAGGACGGUCAUGGUACAGCGUCUGAUGAUGGCAACAAGACGGGAAUCGAGAUAUCCGACGAAGAUGUUGUAGAGGAUAAACAAGGAGCAGGCGCUACGGUUCAGGACACGACAGUCCUUGAAGGGAACCCCGAUGCUCAAGAGACAAGAUGCCAUGUCGCCAAGACAUCGGGAGAAGAUCACAGUGCCAUUCAACCUGACGACGGAAAAUAUACCAAGGCUGAAGACAAUCAUGAACCAGCUGAAUCAGACGGCGCACUCCCAAAAACCACGGCGUGCCGAGGCAAUGAUCUCCUCCUCCUGGAAGAUCACGAGGAGGCCAAAGCAGGCGCCAGCUUUGUCCUCGAGAGUUCAAUGGACGAUUUCCAGAGCGUGCGCUCUGACGCCAAGGACACCAGCAUCGCCGAGCCUCUAAACGUCGCGAUCGCAGGAAGCCAAGAACCACGAGCGGGAGCAGACGCCGCAGCUCGGACCUCCACGCCGCGCGAAGGCAACCCAGACACUUGCAUCGUGGACACGGAGAUCGCCUCCAAAGACGGGGACGAGUUCUACACGAAGGAGCUGGAGCCCGAGCCGGGACAGGGUCAGGGAGGAAACAGGCUGGAUGGGUACGUGCUCGUGUCGAAUUGCGGCGACGCUGACGUCGCGGCCAAGGACAAGCAGCUGGACGCGGCGCGCACGGAGAUCAGCGACCUGCGGUUCAGCCUGGAGGAGGCAGUGCGGCGGGCGGAGCUGGCCGAGGAGGCGAAGGCGGCGCUGGAGCGGGAGCUGAGGGAGGAGCUCCGGAGGAAGCAGCACACGCCCUCGUCGACGCCGUCACAUACGGCCGGGACGACGCCGACCGCCAGGGCGCCGAGAAGCGCCCGGCCGGGAGGGGAGGGCAUGCCGACGCCUGCGCGCUGCUUGACGCUGGGAAAGGUUCUGAACAUGAAGUACUAGGAGUGAACGUUUUCGUUCCCCAUGUUUUUUGUGCUGUAGGAACGGGUGGGGUGACUGCUGAAAGUCAGAAAUUGUAGUGGCAUUUGAAGCGCGUGGUUUACCUUAAAUUUGCUUGCUGUUCGCUAUGAAAUUGGUGGAUACAAGAUCACUGAUGUACACUCAAUAGCGCCUUUUAUCGCAGGAUU